AUGAGAAUUUACAAUCAAGAGCGGAAAUUGCACAUCCCUCGAGAUGUCAACCUCACGCAACUCCUUCAUAAAACGCACAAAGAGCUGCCGCUAUCGCAUGUCAUCGCAUCGGAUAGUCUGACAAACAGAAGCAUCACUCUUGGACAGCUUCGAGAUCGUGCAGGCCGUCUUGCUCGAGGCUUUUCACAGACUCUCCAACCUCCCGACCAGUCUCGCUGGGCUAUAAUUCUACCCAACAGUGUUGACUUCUUGGAGCUGGUGCACGCAGUUAUUUGGACGGGAGGCGUUGCUUGUCCAAUCAAUCAUGCCCUGAAAUCGACUGAGAUUGGCCAUGGCUUGGCCGUUUGCCAACCGGUAUUCAUCGUCGCAUAUGGCCAGAUUUUAAGCAGCGUUGAGGAGGCAAUCGCCGUCGCCCGCGACGAGCUUGUGAGAGAAGGAAUCGAGUGGGCAGCUCCCACGGUUAUCACGAUAAUCGAAAAGCCUGCUACAUCGACCGUCCAGCACAUUCCAGCCGACUUUCUCUCAGAUACAUCGCUCCCAGUCCCCGACUACGAAGAUAAUGCUACUCGGGUAGCGACAAUACAUCUGUCUUCCGGGACGACAGGGAAGCCGAAGGGAGUGAUGCUCACGCAUCGAAAUUUCAUCGCCAAUGUAUUCCAGCUUUUAGCCCACGACUCCUACCAAUUCCAUUCUGCCUCCAGAACCGUUGCUUUCACACCAUGGGCGCACAUCGCGAUGACCACAAUGCCGCUCUUCCUGGCCCCAUAUACCGGCAUGUUUCAUCACGCGAUGCCUCAAUACAACCUGGAGAAGUUCGCGCAGCUGGUGAGCUCGGUCCAGGCGACGAACUUUCAAGGCGUGCCUUCGGUGGUGUUGAGCUUGGCAAAGAGCGACGUGACUGAUCGUUACGACUUCUCUAGAGCCUCAAUUCUGAAUGUGGGAGGAGCGCCAUUGAAGAAAGCAGAUCUAGCCAAACUCAUGAGUCGGGCGCCGUGGAGGCUCAUACAGGCGUAUGGAAUGACAGAAGCUGCGGGAUACGUUGCAUAUCAGACGUUUGACGAAACUCUACCAGACGGGUGCACUGGAAACAUGCUCCCGGGAAUCGAAGCCCGUCUCAUGGUUGAGGGAAAGAAUGAGGAGGCCCCGGAAGGCGGACCGGGCGAGCUAUGGCUCCGAGGGCCCAAUAUCACGAGUGGAUAUGUAUUCAAUGAAGAGGCGAACCAAAAGGCAUUCCCUGAACCUGGUUGGUAUAACACCGGAGAUGUCUGCAAGAUUGACUCUCAGGGCCGGCUGUUCAUCGUAGGACGGACCAAGGAUUUGAUCAAGUACAAGGGCUUUCAAGUAUCACCCCAGGAACUGGAAUCGUAUCUGAAUUCACAUCCGCUGGUUGCAGAAGCUGGAGUGGCCGCACUGUGGGACGAGUCUCAACUGACUGAGCUUCCCACCGCCUGGGUCAUUCUCAAGCCAGAUUCCGCCAAGGGUAACUCCAAGGAGAGAAGAAACGCCCUCAAAACAAUACAAAAAGCGAUAGACUCACAAGUUAGUGGUUACAAGAAGCUUCGGGGUGGAGUCUGGGAGGUGCCGAGGCUCCCAAAGAACGCAACGGGCAAGAUUCUUCGCAAAGAAAUGGCCGAGAUGAGAGCAGGGCUUUGUUCCAUUGAUGAGACAAUUUACUCAAAAUUGUAA